AUGGGUUUGGCAGCGCCCCGCAAGAGGACGAAGAUUUCCCAGGAUCCGAACAAUACAAAUUGGUCGCGGUCGACAACCGGAUUUGGACACAAGAUUCUCAGUUCACAGGGAUGGACACCCGGAACAUAUCUUGGAGCCCGCGAUGCUGCGCAUGCUGAUAUGUUCACCGCCGCCAGCGCGUCGCAUAUCAGAGUCAUAAUGAAAGACGAUACUCUCGGCCUCGGUGCACGAUCUAAGCGUGCCGCUCUUGACGAACCCACUGGACUUGACGCCUUCAAGGGCCUGCUCGGAAGAUUGAAUGGGAAAUCCGAUGCCGAACUGCAAGUUGAUCAACGAAAGCGGGAUGAUGUAAAACUUGCCCGAUAUGCUGCCAACAAGUGGCAAACGGUUCGGUUUAUAAGCGCAGGUCUUUUGGCCCAAGAGAAGGACGAGGAGUCCCAAAAGCCUCCAGCGGGUACGAGGAGCUCAUCCCCUCGCACGUCGAAAGAGGACGAAGGUCGCAAACUGUCUGCAACCGAGGAGACAGGAACAAGCAACGAAACCGAGGGUUCCGAAUCGCGCAAGCGAGGAGACAAGAAGAGCAAAAAGGAGAAGAAAGACAAGAAGGAAAAGAGGGAGAAGAGAGAUAAAAAGAGAAAGCGCGCGGAGCGGCAAGAAGGCGCCGAGAGCUCGCAAGAGUCGUCAUCUACCGAACUCUAUAUAGGUGCUAAUAAGACUGAGCUGGCAUUGAAAGUACCCCCCGCGAGGGAAUGCCGGCCGCUCGGGAGACAUAUGAUUCGAGGUCGACACAUUGCCCAGAAAAGGAAAGCGUUGAUGGAUGAAAAGUCUUUGAACGAGGUAAAUCCAUUCCCUAGGCGCUUUGUUUCCGAGCGACUAUGA